AUGCCAAGAACAUUGACUGCCUUGAGGUCUCCAGCACCAUUCUCCACUGCUAAGAGCAUGAUCUGGCUGUUCCAGUUUCUCACGCUUGUCUUCUGCCUUAGCCCAGGGAACACAGUUUCACAAACCAGCUCAACCCCAUUGAUUGUGAACGGGGUCGUGGGGGAGUCUGUAACACUUACCCUGAAGUCUCCUGUGGAAGAGAAGAUCAUGUCCAUCACCUGGCUUCAUGAUGGAAAAUCUAUCAUCUUCAUAGAGCCAAAUGAAGCACUAAACAGGGUGACUGACCCAAAGCGGAAAAAUCGAUUGAAGGUCACCAAGUCCUACUCCUUGCAGCUCAGCAACCUGACGAUGGCAGACACAGGAACUUACAGCGCCCAGAUAACCACACUGACCUCUUCACUGUUCACCAGUUAUGAUCUGAGGAUCUUCAGACGACUGAGGAACUUACAAGUUGUCCCUCACACCAAAUGGUCUAAAAAUAGGACCUGUGAGAUCCACCUGACCUGCUCUGUGGAGAAUCCAAAUGAUAACAUCUUAUUCAGGUGGCAGGUCUCAGGAAACACACUUCAAAGUGAAGCAAACCUCACUAUCUCCUGGGACCCCAAGAGUUUCGAUGAAGAGACCUACACCUGCGUAGCUGAGAAUCCUGUCAGCAAUUCAUCCUUCUCUGUCUCUGUCCAGAGUCUUUGCAAAAGUGUUACUAAUGAAAAAAAUGAACACCUGGAUACCAUGUGGAUUGUAGUGGCAGUUCCUUCAAUAUGUUUCUUUCAAUUCUCUACUCAGCAAACCCAGUGUCCUGCAGAGACUGUGAGGAACUUAGAGUAUGCUUCCUUCUCUCCAGGGAACACUGUGUAUGCUCAGGUCACCCAUUCAAACAGGGAAAUGGAAAUCCCAAAACCUGUGAAAAACAAUGACUCCACCACAAUUUACUCUGAAGUUCAACAGUCCCGAGAGAAAGCCCAUCUAUUCCAGGACAACUGCCCUUCACAAUGUCAUGUAAGUUGCUGAAAGUCUUCAAAGGAAUUCAGAAACGACACAUCUUCUCCUAAUCCUAUGAGAGAGAAC